AUGCCAGCCGACUCCGAUGUGGCUAAUCUUGAUCUGGCACCAGCCUUUCAUGCCAGUGAGAUCAUGCAACGCUUGCGGGAUGAGUUAUCGCCGCCGGCUGUUGAGAGGUUGAGGAGCUCUUUUAUCAAGUUGUCAAGCUCAGUUACAAGAGACCAACUUCUGAGCUCGGGACGGCAGAGGCGUUACUGUGCAUCCGCGGCACGCCAAGCAGUCGGGAGUCUGUGGGACAGAGAACAUCUCCCAUCUCCACGUGGAGAGAUGGCGGGAAGGGCAAGUCCAGCAGACUGGACCGGCCGCGUGCAGGCGGUCCGAGGCCGUCAAGGACGGUUUGACAGUCUCAACGGCCGGUUCCUAGGGCUCAAGACCGCGACGUUCGAUGGAGCUUCCAGAAGCAUAGCUCCAGCAUGGGACGAACAGGAUCCCGACUCUUUGAUUAUGCGGCACUGGGAAUCUGAGGUUAAGAUCAGAAUGAUCGGUCCCGGUGGUGCCGAUUGA